CGCCGCCGAGGCGGCCGUCAGGACCAAGACCUACAGUCCCCGCACGAUCCCGGUGUUUGGGGUAGUGACCCAGCAUGAGGAUAGUCAGGUCACUUAUUAGAUCCUGCAAACUCGACCUCCUGGGUGUGUUAAGUCCACUUACUGUGGUCUGUAUCCGUUGCUGAAGUUACACGCUAGUUUUCUACCUCGAGUAUAGCUCUCUCUAGAUCACCACCCUGAAAAAAAAAAGUAAUCAUGUCAUUGUUUCAUUCUGGCUAAAUCCUGAGGACGACCACCCUGAUCAGACAGAGACUAUUUAGUCAACACUUGCUGUUGGGAAGGAGUCAUCUGGCAUUGCUUACUUUGGGCUGAGAAUGCAAGACUGGCACAAAAGCUUGAUGUGGAGGGUGUGUUGUGAUGAUUAGAAAUGGUUGCCAUGGAGAAGCACGAGGGUAUUUUCAAGCCCAUGGACCUUAAUCAUAUCAUCAAACUCCUUGAAGAGACUGAUAAGGAUGACUUAGAAGAAAAACAACUUGAUUGUGUCAAGAAACUGGUGCACUGUUAUCAGAAUGGAUUUCCUCUAAGGGACCUGGCACAGGUGUUUAAAAUCCUGGGUCUGUGUGCUGAUAAAAUUGAAAGGCAGCCCUGCUUUGUGGAACCCGCAUCUGAACUCAUAAAAUUGUGUGGCUUGCCAUUUUUGAAAAAGAAAGUAUCAGAUGAAAUAACCUACACUGAAGAUACUGCUAAUUCGCUUGCACUUCUGGGUGAAUUAAUGAAAAUACCAAGUUCUAAGUUAAGGAUACAAAUUUGUAAGUGUAUUAUUGACUUCUAUCAUGCAGAACCACCAAAAAAGCAUAUUCCAGGCUACCAGCAGGUUAGCUCGUCAUACAAGAUUAAGAUGGCUGAAGUCGGAGGAUUGGCCAAAGCAAUGGUCCAGUCCGUGCUCCUACUUGAAAACCAGCUUGUUGAGAAACUUUGGGUUCUUAAAGUUCUGCAGCACCUCUCGACUUCUGAAGUCAAUUGCACUUUAAUGGUGAAAGGUCAAGCAGCCAGCAGAAUCUGUGCUCGCCUCAAUGACCCAGAUCCCUCAGGACAGCUUCUGUUUCGCUCAUCAGAAAUACUUUGGAAUUUAUUGGAAAGAUCUUCAAAAGAGGAAAUUAUACAACAGCUUAGUAACUUGGAAUGCCUGCUGGCCUUGAAGGAAAUAUUUAAAAAUCUGUUUAUGAGGGGCCAUAGUCAUUAUGACCGUCAGCUUAGAAAUGAUAUAUUAGUUAUCACCACAAUUAUAGCUCAGAACCCUGGAGCACCAAUGAUUGAAUGUGGCUUUACCAGAGAUCUGAUACUGUUUGCAACUUUUAAUGAAGUUAAAAGUCAAAAUCCUUUGGUAAAAAAUCUUAAGCUUUCUAAUUCCUAUGAAGAUUUUGAGUUGAAGAAAUUGCUAUUCAAUAUAAUUGUGAUCUUAUGUAAAGAUUUAACUACUGUGCAGCUAUUAAUCGAUGGUAAUGUUAUUUUGGCUUUGUUUACCUACGUCAAAAAACCUGAGAAACUCAAGAUUGUCGAGUGGUCUGCCGCACAGUAUGAAGAACUGCAACUGCAUGCGAUUGCCACCUUGUCUUCAGUGGCUCCGUUGCUAAUAGAGGAGUAUAUGUCAUGCCAGGGCAACGCUCGGAUCCUUGCCUUUCUGGAAUGGUGUGAGCACAAGGAUUCCUUCUUCAUUCACGGUAACAGUUUCCAUGGCACAGGUGGCCGUGGGAACAAGUUUGCACAGAUGCGUUAUACUUUACGACUCCUCAGAGCCAUGGUUUAUCUGGAAGACGAGACUGUGAACAAGGAUCUUUGUGAAAGGGGGAUUAUUCACCAACUGAUAGGACCAGCCUCUCCAUGUGCUCCAGCAGAUCACAGAUGGAGUGGAUAUUGGGGAAUCUUUAAAAAUAUGGCAAGCAAGCCUGAUGAAAAGGAAGAGGCCAUUGCCUUGGAGAUCCAGUCUGACACGUUGCUCAUCUUGUCAGGGCUCUGUGAGCAUUAUAUUGAAAGGAAGGAAAUGUUUGGAACUGAAGGAGUUGACAUAAUUCUUUAUGUAAUGAAAACAGACCCCAAGAAGUUACAGAGUGGCUUAGGCUACAAUGUGCUUCUUUUCAGUACAUUAGACAGCAUUUGGUGCUGCAUUUUGGGAUGUUAUACUUCUGAAGAUUAUUUUCUUGAAAAGGAAGGGAUUUUUCUCCUUUUGGAUAUAUUGGCAUUGAACCAAAAGAAAUUCUGUAAUCUGAUACUUGGAAUAAUGGUUGAAUUUUGUGAUAAUCCCAAAACCUCUGCUCAUGUCAAUGCUUGGCGAGGGAAGAAAGACCUAACUGCUGCUAGUCUUUUAAUUAAAUUGUGGAGAAAGGAGGAAAAGGAACUGGGAGUAAAACGUGAUAAAAAUGGCAUGAUUGUUGAUACAAAGAAACCUCUGUUUACUAGUUUUCAAGAAGAACAAAAGAUCACACCCCUGCCCGCUAACUGCCCAUCUGUUGCAGUUAUGGAUGUCGCCGAGAAUAUCAGAGCAAAAAUUUAUGCUGUGCUGGGAAAACUGGAUUUUGAAAACUUACCUGGCCUAUCUGCAGAAGAUUUUGUCACCCUCUGUAUAAUACACAGAUACCUUGAUUUUAAAAUUGGAGAAAUAUGGAAUGAAGUAUGUGAAGAAAUAAAAUUGGAAAAGUUAAGACUAGUCACGUCAGAUAAAAUGUCUUUGGAAUCUAUUACAGCAGCAACAGAAAAUAUUGGAAAGAUGGUCGCUUCCCUGCAAAGUGAGAUGAUUGAAAGCCAAGCACGCCAAGAUGUGCAAAAUGAACAAAGAGUAUAUGCAAAAAUACAGGCCACACAUAAGCAGAGAGAACUGGCUAACAAAUCCUGGACAAACUUCUUGGCUAGAACGUCAAAUGCUAAAACAUUAAAGAAAGCAAAAAGGCUCCAGGAAAAGGCUAUAGAAUCCUCUAAAUACAGUGAACGACCACAAAAUGCAAUAUUUCACCAAACAGUUAUUAAAGGUCUUAAUACAACGGUACCUUCAGGUCGGGUGGUGACGGUGGAAAGCACUCCUGCCCGGUUACUGGGGGGACCUCUGGCUGACACAGACAUCGCUCUCAGAAAACUACCUAUCCGAGGAGGGGCUCUGCAGCGGGUCAAGGCGAAGGCUGUGAAUGAGCCAAAGAAGAACGUCCCCACAUGAAGUGCUCCAGAACCUUCUUGAAAGAUUCUACCCAUAACUUUGUAGCUAAAUGUAUAUUUAUAUUCAAAUGUAAGGCAACAUUUAGAAUAACUAUUUUAGUAAAAUAUUAUAAAAUUAAAGUCAGGAUAAUACCAUUUAUUUUUUAUUGAAAACAUCAACAUAUGUAUCAGAAAAGUGGUCACCAUUAUCUUUGGAAAAAAACUGUUGGUCCCUUAACUGAAACUGUAAAAUUUGUUUAUCAGUUAGGAUUUUGGCUAGAUAUCAAUUACUUCAAAUAGUCUACCCUGAAGGACAUUUAUAUGGACUUUGUGUCUCCCUUCCUGAGUAAUGUAGAUUGUAGGCAUUGUUGAACCAAAGGACUGAAACUGGCUUUGUAGGGAUUUCCUUCAGCAGCCCCAACUUACGAUCUUCCAGUGGAGAAGAGUGAAUGCAUGUUUCUCAAUUUGUGCAGCUCACUCUACAUCUUGGAGCCAUUGGUUGGUCACAUGCCCACUCUGGAACACCUCACCUUGAAGUCAGCCAGAUCUGAGUACUCCUUGCUUGUGGAGCCAUAAACAGUCCAAAAUUAUCUAACAUACCUGAAUGGAGUCAGGAAUCAAGGUGCUAUCAUCAGAUGGACACAUGAACACCAGGAACAGCAAAUAAUAUGUUGGUGAAAAUAGAAAAUAAAUGUAUCUAUUAUAGAGGGCAGUGUCAGUCACAAGCUAUACAGCAAAAAUAAAAAUGAGGGUACAGAUGGUUUUACUAUUAAUAUGUAACUUUUCAAAGUUGAGCUGGAGAGAUGGCUCAGUGGUUAAAAACACUGGAUACUCUUCCAGAGAUACCUAGGUUUAAUUCCCAGUUCCCACAUGGCGGUUCACAACCAUCUAUACACAGUCCCAUAGGACCUGAUUCCUCUUCUAGUCUCCUCAAGUACCAGACACCCACAUGCACAGACAUACAUGCAGGCAAAACUCCCAUAUGCACAAAACAGAUAAAUAAAAAUCUUAAGUAAAUAAAAGUUUGAAGCUAUUUCUAAUACUAUUUCUCUAAUGGGGAAGUGACAAGUAGUGUGUGGGGGAACAGAUAGAAGAACAACAUGAGAUGUUGGUCAUACAAACAGCACCAAAUAAUGCCUCAUUUCUGUCUCAGACACAACCAGAAUCCUUAUGCAGUGUCCAUAGCUAAGAGCAAUGAGUCGUCACAGCAUUUGUAGACUAUGAAUUUCCCCAGACUCUUAGUUCCCCAAAGGCAAGGGAGAAAACUUGUAUAAUUUACUAUUAUGAUCAACACCUCAGUAAGUAAGUUAGUGGUGUGGCCUUGACUCUUGCAGCCUUUCUUUUGAGGUCUUCAAAUGCAGCAGUACCCUGACCUCGAACGGAAGAAUAGCCCCACAGGAUACUAUGCAAGUAAUGCCAAGCAUGUUAAAGUAGUUUGAAUAUAAAUACUUCAAAGUAAUUAUAGCUUUUCUCCAGUUAUAAGGCAAAAGUACCAUGGUAUAAAUAUAAACACGUUAUUGGGAAAUUGAUAUGAUGGAGCUGAGUAUCAGUUUUGCACAUAGUACAAUGUUAUCUCCAGAUUGAUUUAGACUGGUCACCAUCAGGAUUAUCUAAUGUCCACAGACUGUUCUGCCACUCAUUAGGAAGAGAGAAGGCAAAAUAAGACAGGUUAUUUUCUAACAUAUUUACCACAUGAAGAAGUAUAGGCUGAUGGAAAGCAGUAAUGGUGCUUACUGCAGAGACCAUAGAGAUGGUAGACAGGUCUAAGACAUUUGUCUGGCAUAGGUCCAGCCAUCACACAGUGAGCCAGGGAGACCACCUCUCCAAUAGCAUCACAAACUUUUCUGCUUUUCUUUAUUUAUAUCCUGUUCACGCUCCUCUUGAGUCCUAGUGGAUAUGCUGUCUAGGCUGCCCUGCCCGAGAGGUGGGCAGGAUUUUCUUCCAUGAGUCAAGCUUUGAAACUGAAAUGUGUACUAAUCAGGUAAAUAAAACUUGUGUUUGGGAAUCAGAAUUAGCUGUUUGGUAUCCUUAAGGUCUCUGGAAACUCAUCAGUUAUGUGUUGUUAAAUGAACUCUGCAUAAACCCAAACCCAUGAAACAAAUUUUGAGCCUAGACAGUACAACUACAAAAAAAUGCUGGCUUAAAAAAAAAAAUAGCUGACUUCAUCGGAUAAUUUGUAUAAAGUAAGAAAAAGAAAUAGUAUGUCCCCAUACCCCUGCUCCUCAAUACCAUUUUGGAAUUCUUUUAACAUAUUUUUAUGUCAUUGAACUGCCUUUGAAUUUAUUGUUACUGUUUUUCCACCUUUUGUCUGAUUGUGAUGAAAACUCUGAGCAUCAAAGAUUGUGUCUAGAUCGUUCGCCAAUAUUUCUCUACCUCAGUGAGCAUUUGCUGAAUGAAUGAAGGACAAACAGGAGUGAGUUUUUCUAUACAGAUGAGGACAUGAUUUUUGCGAUUUACUGUGGGGAGCAGAUGCAGUACUGAGUGAGUAUGUGUUGUUGAUGUUAGUACAGCAUAUUGUAGUGGUAUUUGCUCCACCCAUGAC